UUCCUCCGACGAUAACUUUGAAUAUAAGAAUAAGUCUAAUGGACAACCAUUGUAAAGUAACCAAAAAAUAAAAAUAAAAUAAAAAUAAAAGCCAGUUGGGAGAAAGAGCCCCGGAUUUUUUAUUUUUCUCUCUCUGUCUCGUUUUUAAACUUUUUUUUUAUUUCUGACUUGUUUACAUAGAAAAAAGAAACGGUCGAGAAGAGAGUUAGAUACCCUGAACGAUAAUAAUAGUGGUCGAGCAAGACGUGACUUACCCAAAUGUCCCAUUUGUGAAUAUCGUAUAGAGCCCAUGUAUUGGCAAGACCAUUAUCAAUACGAACUAGCUCGACUAUCUGAACCCACCUCAGAAGCAUACACAGAUCCUCUAAAUAAAAACAAAGGAAAACGCGGCGCUGCUGUCGUGGCCAAAAGACAGCUGGAAGGCUCUAAAGGCAAGAAAAAAGUGUCAUCAGUCUACGAGGAGACAUUGGAAAAGAUACAAAAGAAUAGACUUAAACGCACAGAUCGUUUAAGGCAACUGGAUGGUACCAGCAUGAUCAAGCACGAUACACUACCACCAACACCGUCACAACCCAAUGAUUCUGAUAUUGCCUUACAAGUUAUGUUGGAUGAUGUGGAUGUUCAAACCUGCUUUAUCUGUAAUCAACGUUUAUACGGCGAUUUGGAAGCUGUUAACCUUCAUAUUGACAAUUGUUUAACAAAUCCUACACCAGAUGUAGAAGAAGAGACAGAAUUGGAUGAGACAGAAGAGGAGGAUGUGGAUUCAGAUAAUGAAACUACACCUAGGCUACAACAACAACAACAAGCAGUAGGAGCAGGAUCAGCAACAAAUAGCUGGGAGGAAUAUGAAUGGGCAGGCCAGGUGCGUGUAAGAGCUAGUGCCAUGAUGGAAGGUGGUUAUGGAGGCGCUGGUUUCGCCACAUCCAGUAAACGAGAUGAAGAUGAAGAUGAGGAGGACCUAGAUGUGGAAGAUGAUGAUGCUGCUCAAUUUGGUCAAAGUCAAUAUACAGAACGAGAUAUUGUGGUAAACAUGGAUGAUGAUACUGAAGACGCCUCUGCUUUACGAGAGAUGGUAUCAGGUGGUACUAUGCGUACUCCUACUUCAGAGACAGAGGGUGAAAGACAAGGAUUUGAGGAAACCGUAUCUGUAUCUGGUUGGAAUCAUCACCUGAAAAAAGAAGCUCAUCAUUCUACCGGUGAAGGACAUUCAAAAUUAAUCAUUGACUCUCUAAAAUCUCGUAUUCAUCAAUUAGAAAAUGCUUCCAGAUCCACACCACGUUGUCUAAUUUGUCUUGAAUCUUACAAGACACCGCUUACAUCCAUCGUUUGCUGGCAUGUGCACUGUGAACAAUGUUGGUUGCAAACCCUAGGUUCUAAAAAACUAUGUCCACAAUGUCAAAAAAUUACCACUCCCUCUGAUUUGAGACGAAUUUAUCUUUAAUAUAUAUAUAUAUUUUUUUAUUAUUUUUUUUUCUUAAUUUAUUUAUAAUGUACGUGCAUG